AUGCUGGGGGAUUAUGCUGACUGGCAUUACAGUGUCAAGAACCGUCUCAGCCAGGGUGAUGGCAUGUCCUUUGCCGAGUUCUCUUAUCCGCUGCUUCAAGCAUGGGACUGGUGGACCAUGUUCCAGAAGGGCACACAAGUCCAGGUUGGCGGAUCUGAUCAGUAUGGCAACAUUCUCUUUGGGAUGGACGCCGUGAAGGCUAUCAGCCGCAAUACCGCUGACGAGCAGCUCCGUAACCCCUUGGAGUCCGAGCUGGAUCGACCCAUUGGAUUUACGACUCCGCUGUUAACUACUUCGUCUGGGGAGAAAUUUGGAAAGUCAGCGGGUAACGCUAUCUGGCUUGACAAGGACAUGACCUCCACGUUCGAACUUUAUCAGAGUCAGUUCUUUGUCCGAACGCCUGACGACACUGUUGAGAAAUACCUCAAGCUCUUCACAUUCAUCCCACUGCCUGAGAUUUCCAGCAUCAUGGAGGAGCAAAACCAAGACCCUUCCAAGCGUACCGCCCAACACAGACUCGCUUAUGAAUUUGUCGAGCUGGUCCACGGCAAAGAUGAAGCAAAUGCCGUCUCCCUCCAACAUCGCCAAUUAUUCCGUCCCCGCUCCUCCACAAGCGAACCCUCACCCAUGCCUCGCACCUCCAGUCCCCCAGCGAGCCAUGCCCAAUCCUCCACAUCCAGCUUCACCACCCCCCAGUCAGGCAAUCCAUAUGCCUCGCAGACCAACUUUGCCAACAUGCCUAAUGCGCGGGUAACCCUCCCCAAAUCUCUCGUCCACAACCAGUCCUUCAACAAGAUACUCUGGUCUGCAGGCCUGGUCUCAUCCAAGGGCGAGGGUCACCGCGUCAUCGUGAACAACGGUGCCUACGUGGGCAGCCGCCCGGGUGACAGUGGGCCCAUGUCCGACGACCUCGCUUUCACCCCUAUUCGCCCCUGGCCUGCUGAGAAGACCCAGGAGUAUAUCAUCGGGGAUAACCUUCUCAUGCUGAAGCUCGGAAAGUGGAAGUUCAAGAUGGUUGAGAUCAUCAGUGAUGAGGAUUUCCGGGCUCAGGGCCUAACUGCUCCUGGUUGGGAGGAGGUAUCGCAGGCAACAGAGUCAGAGUCCAAGGAGUGA